AUAUUUAACACACCCACCCACAUUCACACAUGUUACAAGGGGUGCGUUCUCUUAUUCCAGAGGUGGCCUGGCCCCUGCGGGAGGAUUUUCUGUCUCCUGUUAACUGUGCUUAUAUCCCUUUCUUUGACUCGCCUCGGGUCGGGUGAUUCAUCCGGGCUCGAUGUGAGAUCAUUCACGCGCCGCUGAUUGCUGAGGUGGACGGGGAAACAUUACUUUUCUUGGACUUUCCCCUCUUAAAAAAAUACCUGCGAAGCUACACUUCUUGUACAUGAAGUCCCAGCUGAUCAGCGGCUGCUCUUCCAGCUCAGGAUCGAGUUCGAAACGCACCCUCGAACCUUUUGGACACGCGCGUUUUGACGGAUUGUUCUCCGCGCGUGUCACAGCUGCCCUGGGAUCACUUGUCUGCUGUAGGCUAUACUAUAUGUGUUUUCUGCUGAGAUUUCCCGUGGAAGAGGAUGUGGCUUGCGCUAAAUCACGGCUGGUCUGAGCCCACGCGACCUGCUCUACCUGCACACUUGCGGAUGAUUUUGCGCUGUUGAAAUCUGGACACACGCGCGCUUCAAGGAUUCUGAUGUUGAAAAAAACAAGGCUGAACACUGAAUCCUUUACUCAAGACGGCAAGUGAAGAUGGGUCUUACGUUUUUAAUGUUUAUUUCAUUAGAUUGGCGUCCAGUCUAGUCAACAUCAUCAGCGAUGUAGUCAGCUUGUUCAUCUGCGUGCUCAUCAUUUGUAGUAAAUACUCACAUCUGCUCAAAAAGGAGACCAUGAAGAUGAUCCUCCUGCGCAAAUUCCGCUUUUUAAUCCUCAUGGUGUUCCUCAUAGCGUGCUCUAUGCACAUUAUGAUAGACUUGUUACCCAAGCUGGAGAGGCACGGCAACAGCGGCUGCUCCUGCUCGCACACGCCGAGCGAGGAGCCCCAGAGCUGGGGGAAGCAGCAGCAGCAGCAGCAGCAGCAAGGCUGGCCUAACAAGCACACCCUGCGGAUCCUCCAGGACUUCAGCAACGAGCCCAGCUCUAAUGUUUCCUCCCACUCCCUGGAGAGGAGCCCGGUCACAGGCGACAAAACACAACAGCAGGGUUUCAAGAGGAUGGAGCAUCCUGGGCAGCAGCAGCGCGGUGACAAGAAGAGACAGUUCAUCCAGGACGCUGCCAUGACCAAGAACGUGCCGGUUAAAGGUUCAAGGUUGUCUGCUCUGUAUGAUCAUCCUUUAUAUAAAAGAGCAGUGCCAGUUUUGACAGACGAGGACACGCUGUUUAACGUCAACACAGACAUCAGAUUUGACCCCAAAGCUGCAGAGGAUCAAGCAUGGAACACUGAAGGCACCCUGGAUGAGUUCAGCCCCACAGGUGAGCUGUCAGCCGACUCUUACCCCAACUGGCUCCGCUUCCACAUUGGGAUUAAUCGAUACGAGCUGUACUCUAGACAUAACCCGGUCAUCGAUGCGCUUCUCAAGGACCUGGUCACCCAGAGGAUCACCAGUGUGGCAAUGAAGUCUGGAGGCACUCAGCUCAAGCUCAUCAUGACCUUCCACAACUAUGGCCAAGCUCUCUUCAAACCCAUGAAGCAGACCAGGGAGCAGGAGACCCCACCCGACUUCUUUUAUUUCUCUGACUUUGAAAGACACAACGCUGAGAUCGCUGCUUUUCAUCUGGACAGGAUUCUGGACUUCCGUCGUGUUCCUCCUGUAGCCGGCAGGCUAGUCAACAUGACGAAAGAGAUCCGAGAUGUCACACGAGACAAAAAGCUCUGGCGGACUUUUUUCAUUUCACCAGCCAACAACGUGUGUUUCUACGGAGAGUGCUCCUACUACUGCUCCACUGAACACGCUCUGUGCGGUAAGCCGGACCAGAUCGAAGGAUCCCUGGCUGCAUUCCUCCCAGACCUGGCCCUUGCCAAACGCAAGACCUGGAGGAACCCGUGGAGACGCUCCUACCACAAACGGAAGAAGGCUGAAUGGGAGGUGGACCCAGAUUACUGCGAGGAAGUCAAACAAACUCCUCCAUAUGACAGCGGGACACGACUGCUGGACAUCAUGGACAUGACCAUCUUUGACUUCCUCAUGGGAAACAUGGACCGGCACCAUUAUGAGACGUUUGAAAAGUUUGGAAAUGAGACUUUCAUUAUCCAUCUGGACAACGGUAGAGGCUUUGGAAAGCACUCUCACGACGAGUUGUCUAUUCUGGUACCACUGAGUCAGUGCUGCAGGGUAAGGAAGUCGACCCACUUGCGUGUGCAGCUGCUGGCUAAGGAAGAAUACAAGCUGUCCAUGCUCAUGGCAGAGUCCCUGGUGAGGGACCGCCUCAGUCCCAUCCUCAUUCAGCCACACCUGGAUGCUAUGGACCGUCGACUACGCCAGGUGCUACAUGUUCUGUCAGAAUGCAUUGAAAAAGAGGGCUACAGUUACGUCGUGGAGGACGACUUACAGGGACCCCAGGGGACAGACCAAGCCCACAGCAGCCCACGACAUAGGUAGCUGUCUUGGGGUGCUGGCAGCUUAAAAAGACUGAUUUCUGGAGACAGAAGAUUGGAUUGAGCAGCUUCAGUCCUUCUCUCUUAACUGAUCUGGCAUCCUGUAACUCAGAUGAGCUUCAUCUGUGCAUUAUUUCUCAGAGGGCUCUUAGAUUAUUUUUGCUGAACUUACAAGGCAGUUGCUGCCUGAGGUGAACUUAUGCUGCGUGGGAGUGGACAACUGCUGGAUAGGACUGUUUGGAUCUGGGGCCAGGUCAAGAGAGAGACUGAUCCCCCGCUGCGCACAUCACCAAGACUCCUUAAAAUAUCCAGCCCCUGACUGUAGUGUAGGAUAGAAACACCCACCGACCCACCACAGCACCACCAAACCAUGAAAGUCUUGCAAGAGACGCCUUCUCUCUGUCUCGUUCAGGACCCUUGUUUUUGAAUUCAGUGAAUUCUGAGGGACUUAUAAAGAACUUCCUGACCCUCCUCCCUCUCUCCCCCUCCCUCUUCACAAGCUGAAUUAUGUGUUUCUAUGUAUUGUUGGUAAUGCAAGUGUGUUCGGAGGAGAAGGUGGAGGUUCCUGUUGUCUUAAUGAUCAAAAAGUUGUUUUAUGAUUUGCUGAAAAACGUUUUAUUGCAAAGUGUCUUUUUUUUAUUAUUUUAUUUCUGCAGAGCUGAUUCUAUCGUUGAUUUCAGAGGGGGAGAUAUUUGACUGGAGUGCAGGUUAACUCCUGGAUUUGUCCUUUAAUUUUUGCCCAUAAAUGUUACUUGUACUUGAGAGAGUAUUUAUUAAAAUUCAUAUUUAUUUGUUUGAAA